AGAUAACAAGCGCCUCGUGUAAUUUGUUUUGUUUCAAGCACACAGUUCCAUCAAGACAGCACCCCAACGACUCGAUUAUUAUUAUUGCUAUUAUUCAAGCAGAGUCUCACAUCUCCUCAUUCGUUUUCUGAACAAUUCUUUUUUCCUUUUCUCCGAGCCAAAAAAGAAAGAAAAACACUAUUCGCCAAUAAAAAUGUUGUUCGUUCGCUUCCUCGUUUUAGUACUGAUCUUGAUCUUCGACGUGCUUGCCCUCGUCGGUACGUUGACGCUCCCGAUCUUCUCAGCGAAAGUCAGCGCCUACGGUCUUGAGAAUGGUAAGGUGCAGGUGUCGCUAUGGGAGAUCCACAUGAGUAAGAUGUCGUUGACGGGCGUCAACGAGACGGAGGUGCCGUCGUCGCAGCCGGUGCGCAUCAACUACGCCGGCUGCAGCAGUUUCCGCGCGACCUUUCGCGCGAUGGAGGCCUUCGCCAUUGCCGGCACGGUCUUCGGCUUUUACGCCUUUCUCAUCUCGUGCCUGCAGUGCUUCUGUCGCCUGAAGGUGAAGCUGCCCCUCUUCCUCUUCAUGCUCCUCGCCUUUAUUAGCGAGGCGGCUCUCGUCAUCAUCGGCGGUGUUGCCUACGGCACAGUGUUCUGCUCGAAGAUGAGUACGGAAAGCAACCUGACUUCUGUCGUCUUCAAGGGUGCCGGCUACAAGCUGGACACGGGCUACAUCAUCCAGAUCGUGGCUGCAGUCGGUUAUCUUAUUACUUUUCUCAUCACCCCGUUUACGCAGCAGCUGUGGUGUGGUAAUUGCUAA